GUUUGUUUUCGACACGUUUUUAGUUUUUCUGCGGAAUCUGCGCGUUUUUCUGUCCGUGAAUCCGGUUCAAAUUCCCGCAGACACACCGAACAUCCACCGAGAGACACCGGAGCUUCUCAGGGACCCAGCACGGUCCCCAUCAUGAAUAAAAACAAGAAGAGGGUGGUUCUGCCCAGCCGUCCUGACCCCCCCACUGUGGACCAGAUCCUGGAGGACAUCAACAGAACUGCACCCAGCGACCCAGUGUUCAGUGUCCUGGAGCAGAGUGGACAGGACGUGUCUCGGCCCUCAGACUCUGACGUGGACAUGAAGUUCCUUCAGUGUCGUCGGUACCUGGAGUUGAACGAGCGGCUGCAGGAAGCUCGAGGUCGGCUGCUACGACAGAGGGAGGAGCUAAAGGCAGCGGGGGAGCAGCUGGACAGAGACGUGGAAAAGGUCAAAGGUCAAACUCUCUGACUCCACAGCCGCCUCCUCUGGCCUGGUGGCUCAGCUGGCUGUUCUCUGACCUGCCGCUGCGCCCUGACCCCGACAGCAGGGGGGCUUCAGGAGUCGCUGUCGUCUGACCCACAACUGAACUCUGUGUGUGUGUGUGUGUGUGUGUGUGUGUGUGUGUGUGUGUGUGUGUGUGUGUGUGUGUGUGUGUGUGUGUGUGUGUGUGUGUGUGUGUGUGUGUGUGUGUGUGUGUGUGUGUGUGUGUGUGUGUGCGAUGACACAUUUCUAAUCAGAUCAUUGGGACUGACAGACUCUUAUGUUGCAUUCAGGUACAAACUAAAGUGUCUGUGUUUUUGCUGUUAUGCAGCUCAUCACCUUAAAUGUACUUCCAUAUUUUGAGUUUUAUAAUCUUUCACCUUAACGCACUUCAGCGCAAGAAAACACAGAGAAACAAAACAACUGUAUAAAUCUGACAACACAUUUAAAAAUGCUGCAAAGUGAGAAAAUGGUCUCAGACUCAGUAUUCAUGUGUCAUCUUCAGUUGAGUCUCUGUUCACCUUCACCAUGUGUGACUUUAAACAGUCAAAUCCA